AUGGUAAAAUUACUCUUACGAUGGCGAGGUAGUGUGUAUAAAGCAGUGUGGCCAAUGGUUUUGAUAUUUUUUAUCGCUUACGGAACAAUCGCUCUCACCUAUUAUUGCCUCCCUUCGACUACUUUGGAACAACAACUGGUCAAACUUGAUUUUGUCAAAAUGUGCAUAUAUGCGGGAAAAAUUUCAAAUUCUCUCCCCAUGCUGUUCAUACUGAGUAUGUUUGUUAGCAUGGUGAUGGGACGCUGGUGGGACCAGUUCUGUAACCUGCCUACACCGGACAGAGUCUGGACAUUGUUAAAUGCCUAUUUGACCGAACCAAAAGUGUCAGUUGAUGUUCGGAUUGAGUGCGUCAAACGUGAAAAGGAUCGGUGUACUCUAUUCCGAAGAGCCAUUGUCCGAUACCUCAAUCUUGCCUUUGCCUUGCUUUUCCAGAACAUAUCACUUAGUAUGAAACGGCGGCUAGGUUCACUGGAUGACUUGGUUCAGGGUGGACUUAUGACGCAAAAUGAACAAGAGUUAUUCAUUCGGCUGUCAAGAAAUCGAGGACUUUUCAUCAUUCCACUUGUUUGGGCUGCCUUGCUGAUUGCCAAAGCCCAUGAAGAGGGCAUAUUCCUCCACGAAACCUACUAUGUGUCCUUGAUGAAUGAGCUGACCAACUAUUGGCGAAAUCUCCAAACACUGUCCUUGUACGACUACACAAACAUCCCAUUGGUCUACAAUCAACUGAUACAUUUGAACGAAUUUGGAUACACCUUUGCAGAACCAAUUAUUGGACAAUUACUUCUUCGCAAACGUUAUGUGGACAACGUAUCUAUCGGCUACGAAACCAACAUGGCAAUUAUGGACUUUGUUCAGUCACCUAACUCCCUUCACUUUGCACCCAGAUUCAUUGAGUACGAAGAAGCAGACAACACGUUCCAGUUCCUUGACGUUGCAUUGAUGACAAUACGAGAUGGAUCGCUUGAAAAUGGUACCAGUUUACGCACGGUUAACACAUUGGAGUGGUUGGACAAAAGCCCACGCAAGUCAUCCAUAUGUACCCACAUGAGCAGUCCCGAUGACGGGCUUGAUGUCAUUGGAACCAUUGUCUAUUUUCAUGAACGCUACAUGAAUUUACGAUGUGAACUUGAAUACGGAAAUUCGUUUGACUUAUUGUGCGAAGUACAGCCAUCUGCUGAGUCUACCUCGGCUGACUUGCGUUCGCAUGCUAUUUAA